AUGGUGGGAGCAUUUGAAAGACAGCUUUGUCUGACCCUUGUUAGGCCUGUUCCUGAUUCUACUACUGCCUCUACUGAUAGGAAACACACCCACCUCCUCUCCACCGAUAUUCCAACAUUUCUAGAAACCUCACUGGCAAGCAUAACACGCAGUCAGUCAUCCAGACACGAGCUGAUCGCAACCUGGGCCCUCGAAACCGGGCUGGCAAAGGUGCGACAGAUUGUCGAAGCAGACUUCGCCUUCACUUACAGUGUGACGAAACUCAUGUUCGACCCGCACUGUGUCAUCUUCCUCAACAUUCUCUCGAGAAUUUCUCAGGAGCAAAGACUUUUCUCUCUCACCCUGGAGAAGGCGGUCGGGACUAUCUACAAUGUCGUAUACGGGCUCCAUGGAAACCGGGCCGUGGGAUUCUUUCGUCGGGUUGUGGCCUGGCUGACUCGACAAUGGACCGAAAUGCCGCAAGGGCCGAGCAAUUACGAUCAAGUGCUGCUCCAUACCACAGACGUGAUCCUGAGCACCAUUAUCCAGAACCACGAGGCUGUGGUCCAGCCGGAGCUGCGUUCCCUCGUGAAGGAGCUCGCCAACUGCUCUUCGUUGGCCACAUCAACCCUAGACUCCGACGGCUCUAUCAGCGUUGAUAUGCGACACGUGAAAGAGAACAUCCGAAUGAUGCAGGACCUUCUUGGAACCACAGAAGGUGCAGGUGCGACUUCAAAGAAGGCUCAACCCGCUGUGGUAUUAUCAGAACGUGGUGCAGCUCCAGUGGACGGGCCAGGUCAGCUUUCUGUGGAUGGGCCCAGACAUGACAAUGACCAUAGAACUAUUACGGGCAUUCGGGUCCUCCCUACCCUGUCAGAAAUCUGGCUCAGCCGGCGGCCUGACUUUCUACCGACCAGGGAUUCCCUACAUGGCCCAGAAAGCCAUCACGACAGAGGAAUUCGCCGCCUUCUCGACACCCAUUUCCGUCUUUUGCGGGAGGACACGGCCGGGGUCCUCCGGGAUACGGUCCGCGUCAUCCUAGAACAUUGGGAUGCCCUUGCCCACGAAACGAGGUCGCGCGAGAGACGAAAGAUUCUGCGUGCACACAGUCCCACGCCCGUGAGAAUUUACCUUAACGCACACGUGCAGCAAGUACGAUCGGACGGCAUGAAAGGGAUACAGAUUGAUGUUGGUUUCGACCAGUCCCCAAGAGCCAGAACCUUGAAGGUAGCUCAGAGAAGGGAAUACUGGCGCAGAUCCGGUGCCCUGCGAGAAGGGCCCGCAUUACUUGCUCUGAUUGAUGGCAAGGUUGAUGAAGAUAUCAAGCUGGUCUUCUUACAAGUUUCCCAGCGAAACCUGGGCUUGAAAGCUACCGAGGGCAGUAAUGCUGCUGAAGGCGUGUGCGAUCUAGUGAGUGACUCCAGGAGGGCCAUGAUCACCUUGCGUCUCCCCGGUUCACCGUCAAGAGAAGACCUGUCCAAUCUAGUCUCAUUGACUGGGCAUCGGCUCAUACCUUCUUCGUCACGAUCCCUUGUCCUCGUUGAGUUCCCUGCCGUUCUCUACAACUCGUUUGAGGGCAUCCUUCGUCGCCUUCAGGAGCUGUACACGGACCCCAGUUCUAUCCCGUUGACGACCUGGAUAGCCCCGCGAGAUGAUUCUUACGCUCUCCCGCCAGACCCGACUUCGACCAUCACUGCCUACAAAGAUCGCAAAGUGUUGGUCUCUCUUCCAACAUACCUGGUUAAUGAGACACUGGAUCUCUCGUCGAUUCCGAAGGCUCCUGAGAUCGGAGAAAAUCUAACUCAUACAGAACUACCCAUAACUCUUUAUCCUGGCCAAGACACAGGCGUCCUCUGUGAGCAGCUAUCAAAGCGAACGACUCUCGACCCAGGUCAAGCAGAGGCUCUAGUAUCGGCAUUGACGAAUGAAGUUGCUCUUAUUCAAGGGCCCCCGGGCACAGGAAAAUCAUAUGUAGGCAUUCAGAUUGCAAGAUGCCUUCUUACAAACCGGCAGGUGUUAGGGCCGGGGCCAAUACUUUGCGUAUGUUAUACAAACCAUGCCCUGGACCAGUUUCUUGAGGGGUUACUUGACUCGGGUAUCUCCAAGAUUUUACGUCUCGGAGGGCCAAGCAAGUCAAACAGGCUUGACCUUCUCUCAAUCGACAGCUAUAAAAGAAGCGACAAAAUUCCUCGUAUCCCAGGUAAGGGUAGAGUAGUCCAGGAAUCGAAACACCACUUGGACAACCUAGCCUGGCAGAUUGGGGAGAUCUGUGAGAAGAUUGCACAGCCUGGAACACGGAUGGUGAAGGAAUUCCUGAUAAGAAGAUCCCCUAAUCACGCAAAACAAAUCACUCAGGCCGUUCCGAUCAGGGACAGCGAUAAUGUGGCAAUCUGGCUAGAAGGUAAUGCCCCCGGUGACCUUAGCGGCAACGGGGGCGAGCGCUCGCUCGACCAGCUUCUUUCGAUUGACCUCUGGACGCUGAAGAAUGACGAACGUUGUCGCCUAUUCAGUCACUGGCAUGAAGCUGCUCGCGCAGACCUCAUUCUCCAUUUCCAUAACUUAGUGCGGUUGCACGCCAGGGAAAAACAGCGGCACACGGCUCUAUUCCACCAGGAAGAUGCCCAACUGUUUGGCAUGGUCGAUGUUGUCGGUGUCACAACUGCCAGUCUUGCCAAUAACAUUGAUCUCCUGCGAAGCCUCCCCGCCAGGGUGCUGAUCUGCGAAGAGGCCGGAGAAGUGCUUGAAUCGCACUUCCUGGCGGCCCUCUUGCCGAGCCUGCAGCAUGCCAUUUUGAUUGGCGACCAUCUCCAGCUGCGUCCCAAGAUUGCCAACCGCCGCCUCUCCAUGGAAUACAAUCAGAUCGGGCCCAAAUACAGUCUCGAUCAGUCCCUCUUUGAGCGCCUAGCAAACCUUGCUUUCCACGAUCAUCAUGCCUCUUCGGGGACAGUGGGAGGCGUCUCUAGAGGUCUCCGUAGAUUCCCUGUCGCACAGCUCAGCCAUCAAAGACGGAUGCAUCCUUCAAUCGCGUCUCUUGUGCGUGAAACAAUCUAUCCAAAAUUGCAAGAUCACCCUUGGACGUCAGCGUAUCCUGAAAUUGCCGGUAUGAGACGCCGGCUGUUCUGGCUUGACCAUCGCCAGCCAGAAGAUCCAGAUGACCCAGAUGACCCAAUGCAGAGUAAAACAAACGCUUGGGAAGCCAAUUUGGUGAUUGCCUUGGUGAAACAUUUGUGCCGACAGGGACGCUACAGGCCCGGCGACAUUGCUAUCUUGACGCCAUACAUCGCCCAGCUCAGGCUGUUGCAAGACAGACUGGAGGAUGUGGCUAAGUUGAUUAUUCACGCAGACGACUUGGACAAUCUGGAUGGCCCGGAUUCCAUGGAGGACACUGCUCAUAUAGAUUAUACUCGUGGUUCGUCACGUCGGCAAAUCAUUGGCACCGGAAAGCUCCUUGAUGAACUGCGGCUGGCGACGGUAGAUAAUUUCCAGGGCGACGAAGCGACAGUGGUGAUCGUCUCCCUCGUGCGAAGCAACAAAUACCAGAAUUGUGGUUUCCUCAAGACGCCUAAUCGCAUCAAUGUGCUUUUGAGUCGUGCAAAGCAUGGCAUGUAUAUCAUUGGGGAUGCAAAAACAGCAUCCAGUGCUCCGAUGUGGAAGUCUGUCAUCGCAAUGCUGGAGGAAGGCCAAAAUAUUGGUCCCAAAAUUGAGCUUCAAUGUUCCCGGCAUGGUGACCGCCAGAUCUUCGUCUCUUCACCCGAAGACUUCCUUGUUCAGGCGCCCGAGGGCGGUUGUGAUCAGCGGUGUGCCUGGCGGUUGCCCUGCGGCCACAGGUGUAUGGUCAAAUGCCACUCGAACACGCUACAUGAAGCGGUUCAGUGCCUGGAGCCCUGUCCCCGUAUGAGAGAAUGUGGACAUGUCUGUCAGAGACGGUGCCAUCAACCGUGUGGCGAAUGCAUCCAGACCGUCCCCAAUGUCACUCUUCCCUGUGGACAUACGACCGACAUUGCUUGCAGACAGCAGAAGUACCUUUCUCUUGUCCAGUGCACAAAAAUGGUAACGAAGAAGAUACCACAGUGCGGGCAUGCGGCCCGGGUCCUAUGCAGCUGUCAUGAUAUAACCAAAAUGCAAUGCACGGAGUUUUGUGGAGCUGCUCUGGACUGUGGACACACCUGCCGACGAAGGUGCUCAACAUGCCGAAGUGCUGUCUACCAGACUCACGGUGCAUGCACUGUUCGCUGUGGACGGGCCUUUACCACGUGUUCUCAUACUUGCUCCCAGCCCUGCCAUCCGUCGACCCCAUGCCCACCGUGCCAACAGCCCUGCGAGGUACGUUGCAAACAUAGCCAAUGUCCUGGAAAAUGUAGCGACCCGUGCCCUCCAUGCGCAGAGAAAUGUGGAUGGAGCUGUAGCCAUCGCGAAGGCGUGUGCGAACUACCGUGUGCCGUGCCUUGUAAUACCAUUCCCUGUGACCUGCGUUGCACUAAAACUCUGGCAUGUGGGCACCAAUGUCCAAGUGUCUGUGGGGAGAGAUGCCCUGAUGCCACGCUCUGUCAGAAGUGCGGUGCGGAGGCUGUACGGAGCCGCAUUGUCGACUUGAUUUCGAUGGGCACGUAUCAUAACAUCAAUGCCGAUGAGGAUCCGUUGGUAUUCCUCUCGUGUAAUCACUUCUAUACGGUCUCUAGCCUGGACGGGGCAAUGGGGUUGAAGGACUACUACGACGUUGACCCUGAUACCGGCAAGGUAGUUCGUCCCAAGCCAUCCCGACGGGUCGCGAACGGCGAGAGCACGAUCCUCGGAUGCCCAGAGUGCCGUACGCCUCUUCGCAACAUUGACCGUUACAAUCGUAUUGUGAAGAAGGCGCUGCUAGACGAGUCCACCCGGCGAUUUAUUGUGAAGGCGAAUCGCGAUCUUGGCACGCUUCUCGACGAGUUGGGGAGCUGGGAAGUGAUUGUCGACAAGGAGCGAGCAAAGCUUGUUGGGAGCUGGCCCGAGUCAACAACAUCGUCCGCGGCCAAGAAAUCUACAGAGGUCCAAGCCGCCGUCGCUGAGUAUCAGCAUACGGCAAGACAUCUGGAAAGCCGCAUAGAAAAGUUCAUCAAAUCAGUGGCAGCCGUCGAGCAGCCGUACGGCAAGAUGAAUAAUCUGCUUGCAACUUUUCUGGCACGACAGCAGAGCGGAGGCAUGCCCCAUCCCGCGAUGCCGAUGGAUGAAUCGGCGGUGCAGACUGGCUUUCAUCUGCGUGGACGCUGUUUGCAGAUCCGCUUUGCUUGGGCCAUGCUAUGGGACUAUCGGACAAUCUCUGUUAACAUAUCGGUGGACUCGCGUAUCCGAGACGAGCUACGCGAGGUGAUCGGGAGAAAGUUUGAUGAAGUAACCGCCAAAUGCCUGGCGAUUAAAGAAGCGAGUCAGAUGGCCAACUUUCUACCGCAACAGGUGGAAUCAAUGGUCUUCUACGUUCUUUUUUCCUCACUGGCGGUUCGCCACGCUGAAGAGAGCGACUGUCCUCUUAGCGAGAUGGCCAGCAUAGAACAUAUCGAAGAAGUAUCCCAGGUCCUGCGAGAGUGUGAAUCAAUCGUUGCAGCGCAUCCGGGAACCUUGGCCUUCCUACGGAACGACAUCGACAAGGCCAGGAAGCUGUUCAGGGGGGACACCUUCUAUACCGCAGUCACCACCGAGGAAACCCGGCAAGUAUAUCAGGCCAUGGCAACACAGUUCUCAGGGACAGGACACUGGUACUACUGUCGAAACAAUCACCCGUUCACUAUCGGAGAGUGUGGCAUGCCGACGGAAGCAGCACAAUGCCCACAAUGCGGAGAGGGAGUGGGAGGGUAUGACCAUCAACCACUUCCAGGAGUCCGUAGAGCUGAGGAUCUGGAAGCCGCCUAUGGUGAUGAUUAAGAGAAAAGAUUGCGUUUUGUUCAAAGGUGGAUGAUCGUGUAUCAGACCGUCAAUGAGCCAUUGAGAUUCCUGCGACUGGAAGAUUCUACUACCUAUUUUCACUCCCUUAACUGA